AUGGCUGAAUUUGCUGCUGCUUUGGAACACGACGGAUUGGUUGUGGUUGAUUUCUUUGCUACCUGGUGUGGUCCCUGUAAGGCCAUUGCCCCAAUUUUAGACAAGUUCAGCUCUGAAUUCUCCAGUGCUAAGUUCGUUAAGGUUGAUGUUGAUGAAUUGUCCAAGUUGGCUCAAGAAUACGAAAUCACUGCCAUGCCCACUAUUUUGUUCUUCAAGAACAAGAAGGUUGUUCACAAGGUUUUAGGUGCUAAUCCUAAUGCCAUCAAGGCAGGUAUCACCUCCAACCUUUAA